GGGGCAGAGACCCGCGAGAGCCCGCUUCCGCUCUGCGAGCCCAGAUUGAAGCUCAUUGGUUCGCGGAGAUGAGUGACAGGCCUCGAGCCAAUGGAAGGCCAAACUCGCCGAGGCGCCCGCCUAGUACGGCUGCUUCCUGUUGGGCACCAGCCCGUCGUGUCUGGCGUGAGCUGCCGCCGUCCCGGGCUGAGGCGCUUGGCGGGCUGCGCGCGUCGACCCGGCCGCUCCUCGCCAGCCCUGCAGCUCGGGUUCUAACCCGAGCUCCGCGGGCUUGCAGGGGACGGGCCUGCGCCCACCGGAGGUUACCCCACCUCACACCCGAGGCUGCAGCGGCCCAGCGCAGGCCCCGGGGCCAGCUCGAUAGAGCUGGGGCUGCACAGGCCGCGGCGGGGACUACGGGUACCGAGGUGAACGCCGCCGGCCCCGAGCCGUGACGUUACCGCGCUCGCCGGCGAUUGGCCCGGGGAGGCUGCGGCAGCCAAUGAGCGCGUGGCCCGGGGCGCGGCUCCUCAAACCUUUUCUCCACUGCUGCUGGCAGCCGGGUCCUGGGCGGCUCCCCCGCGUCUCCGCUUUUCCUCCCUCGAGACUGCCAGUCGGGAGGAGCGCCGGAGGAGGGUGGAGGGCACAGGGUCAAGAUCAAGGUCAGAGGCCCCCUUGGGUUGGGACUGGACACGGAGGGGGUUAGGAGCCCAGGUCGGGGUCGAGGAGCUUUGGUCGCAGGAGGGACCCCAUGUCUGACUUCAAAGCCGAACAUGCUGUACGGAAAAAGCCUCUGCUUUUGUAACCACGGGACCGUGUGUGUGUCCCCGCAUUUACGUGUGAGCUCCUCGGGGGCAGACAGCCGUCCUUCUCAUCCCCCCAAAGGAAGGCAUCAGUAAAUGUUUGUAGAACGAAUAAAUGACUAGGUGAGGUCCAGUUGAAAUUGUGUUUAUCUAGGUCCCUUGAAAGCCAGUAAGUACGCCUGGACUUUCUAAAAUCAACUCUACCUUUUGCCUAUCGUGGUAUGUGCCAGUGCGUGAACCGUGUAUUUCCAUCUGUUCCACACAGUUCUACAGGGAAGGUACAGACAGCACCCUCUCCUAUCCCCUGCCUUUGUAAAACUGAAGAAACAGAAUUGGACCCAGAAAGCUUAAGUAAAUGGACCAGGGACACAGGCACCGCUGCCUGCAGAGGCAAACACCUGAACCCUGGAGCUGGUUGAACCGCGUAGGGCGCUGUCUCCCAAACGCUCUGCUUUGCCCUGGUUGGAAGAGCACUGUGGCGGCCAGCAGAGGGCGCGGCCCGGGCAUGGCCGAGGAGCGCCGGGGGUCCUGGUUUGGUUUCGGUUUCUGCGGCUUCAGGCAGGCGUUGGGCUCCGGGCGCGGGCGCCAGGUGCACAGCCCGGAGCCGCUGCGGACACUGGGCCCGGGCGCCGACGUCCGCCGCGUGAGCGCCAGCUGGAGCUACACCGCCGUCGUGACCCGUGGAGGCCAGGUGCAGCUGUCAGGCGCGGCGGGCGGUGCAGCGGGCGGCUGCAGGGACGCGUGGGCCUCGGAGGCGCUCCUCGUGGUGCUGCGCGCCGGGCCGGGGCUGGAGCUGCAGGCCUGGGCGCCGCAUUCGGCGCUGCGCGGGGAGCUCCUGUGGACCCGCACGCUGGCGCCGGAGGCCGAGGGUGAAGAUGCCGCGGGCGGUGAGCUCCAGGUGCACUGGGGAAGGAAGGGGAGGGGGACGUGCGUGGGCUCUCCCUUGCUCAGGCAUGGACAGCUGGGCCACGGGACUCUGGAGGCCGAGCCGGAGCCGAGGCUGCUGGAGGCGCUGCAGGGCCUUCCCAUGGCUGAGGUGGCCGCCGGUGGCUGGCACUCCGUGUGUGUGAGUGAGGCUGGGGAUAUUUAUAUCUGGGGCUGGAAUGAGUCCGGGCAGCUGGCCCUGCCCACCAGGAGCCUGGCAGAGGAUGGAAAGACAGUUGCAAAGGAAGCCAGCGGACUGAACGAAGGUGGCUCUGAAGGGAGGAGAACCGCCAGGGCUGAGGAUGGAGCCCCGGCCCCCUUCAUAGCCCUCCAGCCCUUCCCGGCGUUGCUGGAUCUCCCCCAGGACGCAGAUGCUGUCCAGGCCAGCUGUGGCUCCCGGCACACAGCGGUGGUGACGAGAACUGGGGAGCUCUACACCUGGGGCUGGGGUAAAUAUGGACAGCUGGGCCACAAGGACACGACCAGCUUGGAUCGGCCCCGCCGUGUGGAAUAUUUUGUAGAUAAGCAACUCCAAGUAAGGGCUGUGAGCUGUGGGCCCUGGAACACCUACGUGUAUGCUGUGGAGAAAGCGGAGAGCUGACCUGUACAGAUGAGGGCGUAAAAUAAACGUAUGGUAUAUUUUCCACAGACCAAACUGACCGAAAAAUGAUUUGGGAAAAAAACAAAAAACACCACCAUGUAUCUAUCUUUUUGAAAGUCGAUGCAUCUCCCAUUGCUCCGUCACGUACUCCAUGAAUUUCUGCCCGUUCACCACAAAUGCCUUCGAAUGCUCCUGUUCCCACAUUUCAAUCCGUGCCUUCAACUCCUCUUCCAACUGGAACCAUAGACAAGGUC